AUGACAACAGCCUCACCUGUGACUCGGGCCCACAGAUCCGAGCGACAGACCCCCUUACGGGUCGGUAAGAGCACAGAAAAUGCUCUGACAUCUUUACCACGUGCCGAGUCCAGAGACUCUCCCGCGCUACCGAGCAGAGGCAUAGGCUACAGCAGCUGUUCCCCACCGCAGUCCAGCAGAGCGCUGCACACUGGUGUUGCUGCGGCUCCAUCUACAAGAAUCGGAUGAGUAGAUAUGGUCACGGACUGACUUCUCUGCAGCCAUAGACUCUAAUACCACUCUUUCAGACCGUUUUUGCAGAGAAGGGCCAGCGGUUUCUAUGCUACAGUACACUACUUUAUAACGUAUUAAUUUGUCUUAUUCUACUAAGCGCCCAUGUAAGCAAAACCAUGGAGUAUAAGCUAAAUGUUCAUACCUCAUACUAAAAUUUAAGGCAUGUCAUGCUUGUUUAUGCUACAAAUCAUAAAAUUAUGCAGCUCCAUAGAAUGCCAUGACCGCAGUUUUGAAGCAAGCAAUGUGUCCAUAUAGGCAGCAGCAUUUGCCCCACUUCCCCCAACCCAAAAACAUUCACUGAAAUUCUAACCUAGAUAAUUUAAGGACAAAGUGUGGACUACUUUGUCUUAUGUAUUUUUCCUAUGCUUGGCAAAGCUUGACAAACAGGCAUAGCUAUUACUGUCAAGCCCCCAGCAACCACUAGUGAUGGCUGAGGGUGGAAAAAAAGAUCUGUCUAAGGAGGAUCUCACAGUCUUCUCCAUAGACAUCAGCGCUGUAUUCUCACGCAGAUUAAGCGCCAGGAGCUGAAGUGGAUCUUGUGGAAGAAGAUGGCGCUGUCAGGGAUCUUACCUGAAGUGGGAGUCCGGCACGCAGAGUUGAGGCACCCUUUGCAAUUCGACACAGACCGAGGGGACUCAGGACAGAAAUCCCCAAGGCUGUGACACAGUGCACUGGGGCUGAAAUAACCAGUGCUUCCUGGAACGCAGUACAGACAAAGGAUAUCCAGAAGAGUAGUCAGUAUCAGAAUCAGAAGUCAGGACGGGCGGCAAUCAGGCGAAAACAGUAGACGAGCAAGAGAUCAAAAACAGGAGUCAGAAGAACAGCAGUGAAACCAAACAGGAACAGGAAACACGAUCUGACAACGAGAACCAGCCUUGCGGGGUUUAAAUAGGGAGUCUCAGCCAAUCAUCAAGGAACCAGGAACAGGUGUGCACAUUCCAGGCGUACAGGCUCAGACUACAGGAUACCAAGAACAACCAGAAACAGUCAAAGAUGCGUGGAGCUCAAUGCAAGGAUACCGACUGGGAUGCAGGAAACUCAGGUUUGAUCCCAGCCAGACCCAAAUACACAAUAUUGUGUAAAGCACAAUGGUGAUCCUGACAUUACCCCCCCUUCAAAGACGCCGUAGGCGAGAAGAGGAACGCAACUACGACCCAGGAGGUUACUUUUUGGAUUUCUUGGCUUUGGUGGUACUAGUAGGAGCAGAGGUCAUAGCUUGUAGGGCCUUUUCAAAUACUUGCAAGUCCUCCUUCCGGACUAGAGUCCCAUUAGAGGCAUAGGUACAGCCAGAAAGAGGGUCUUCCUUGACAGGACUUGUAGUGGUUGUGGUGCUUGCCUUCUUAGAAGCAGAAUCUUUAGUAGAAAUAGAGAUCUCAGGUUCUUUAGUAACAGAUUCCUGCACAACCUCAGGAGCAACGACUGUAGAAGGCUGAGGAUUGGACAGAGUUCAAGCAAGGACAGGCAGCAUGUUGGCAGACAGGUCUCAUAGGAUAUGCCAGAGUAGUACCCAGACGGAGAACCCGAGACCUAGAUGGACGAAUGGGACAAAAAGAUAUUAAAUGUCCCAUCUCCCCACAAUAAUAACACAGUCCAUGCGCCAUCCUUCUUGCCCUUUCUUGAGAUGACUGACGGAACCUAACCAGUCCAAUCUCCAUGGGUUCCUCCGCCUCCCUGCCAGAUUUAUACGAUGUUUCUGGAGACUUGGGAGCGGUAGGGUUAGCUGUAACAUCAGUCCGAGUGAAAGGAGUAGUGUAGUCCAUUUCCAGUCCGGGUUGCAAUAUGUGUGAAGCAACAGUAGAUGAUCUAUGUACAUAUGACUUUUGUGUCUUGUUGCAUUGUAAACCCAGGGACCGAAUAAAGGACUCCCAGGAAUCUAGGACUGGGCUUUUGGCGAGUAACAACUGGUGGGCCCAGAUCUUAAGGUGCCCCGACAAUAAGGUAAUCGCUGUCCUCACUUUAAUGACGUCUGUGGCAUAGGUAAGUGGUCUCAGGGAGAACAGGACCUCGCAAUCAACUUUGAAGGUAUCAUACUUAGACCGGAUCCCAGAAAAUUUCUCGGGUAGAGCAACCAGCGGUUCAGAGAGUCCAGAGUCAUAGGUUACUCUCCCUUUAAGGGAAGCCAGCUCCUGCUGUAAGCCCUGCAAAGCCUGGGUGAGCUGGGAAACUUGCUGGGUCAAGGCUGCAACGGUAAUCUUCAACUCUGCAGACUCCAUUUGGUCAGAUCGUACUGUCAGGGAUCUUACCUGAAGUGGGAGUCCGGCACGCAGAGUUGAGGCACCCUUUGCAAUUCGACACAGACCGAGGGGACUCAGGACAGAAAUCCCCAAGGCUGUGACACAGUGCACUGGGGCUGAAAUAACCAGUGCUUCCUGGAACGCAGUACAGACAAAGGAUAUCCAGAAGAGUAGUCAGUAUCAGAAUCAGAAGUCAGGACGGGCGGCAAUCAGGCGAAAACAGUAGACGAGCAAGAGAUCAAAAACAGGAGUCAGAAGAACAGCAGUGAAACCAAACAGGAACAGGAAACACGAUCUGACAACGAGAACCAGCCUUGCGGGGUUUAAAUAGGGAGUCUCAGCCAAUCAUCAAGGAACCAGGAACAGGUGUGCACAUUCCAGGCGUUCAGGCUCAGACUACAGGAUACCAAGAACAACCAGAAAUCGUCAAAGAUGCGUGGAGCUCAAUGCAAGGAUACCGACUGGGAUGCAGGAAACUCAGGUUUGAUCCCAGCCAGACCCAAAUACACAAUAUUGUGUAAAGCACAAUGGUGAUCCUGACAGGCGCUGGCCACAAGUGACAGGUUCAGGUACGUAAAAACUGUCGUCUACUGCACCCCUGGGCUACCGCAAUGCAAGUGGAGCCGUCACCAUCUGCAUCAUAGUGACCUCUAAUAAAGUUUGAUGGUUUUAUUAUGUCAAGCUUUAUAUUUUCUUAGAAUUCUACAUACUAGAAUCAAAUUUGAUUCAAACUAAGAUUUAGUAUGUAAAAGUCCAGAAAGUUUUUUGGUAUGCUUUACAAAAUAAUAUGAAAAAUCUUUACUGUGAUGCAUAAUGACCGUCCAUGAAAGUCUGAGCCUGACUCUCAGACAUUGUAUAGUCACAGUUGAAUAUUCUGAUAACAGAGAGCUCUUUGUGUGAGGUUAUUGUGUUGUGUGUGCUACUCAGUGACAACGAAAUCUAGAAAAUUUCAUUUACUCCAGUUCUCUGGAAUUGAUUAAAGGAAAGGAUCUCAGGAUCUGUCAUUAAUGUUAUUAUAAUGAGGAAACAGGCUAAUAUAUGUUGAAGAAAAGAUAAUUUUCUUUGUGCUCCCAGCAAUAUGUUCAGGUGAUCUUACCAGCUCAUUUGUCCUGGCCUAGAAAAUCCUAAACAAACCUGAAGGACAUUGAAAGGUUGUUUUUUUUCCUCCAAGACAGGCACAAGUAUCCUUAUUGCCAAGUUUACACCAGAACUACACAUCCCAGAAUGCAGUUAAGGACAUGACAAAGUACAGAGCCAGCCUCACCUGUUCAGCCAGGUGAGAGGCAGAAAUAGAAAGGGGUGUGACAUACGGACAGGUAAUAUCACAAGACUUCAAACAAGAGAGCUUCUAACGUGGAGGAAGGUGGGAAAUUUUGAUAUGAGGAGAUCUUGUUUUAAUACGCUGAGAUGAAUUGCACAACCUGAAUGAAAAGGUAAUCUGUUUUUUUUACAUUAUGCAAUAUAUCAUGGCUGAAUACAUUUUGUUAUAGAAUACCAAAGUAAACAAUGUACACAUGUGCUUACAUGUAUGUAUGUAUAUAUAUAUAUAUAUAUAUAUAUAUAUAUACAAACAGAGACGCAUACAUACAGGCAAUGAAGAUAUAUCAUGGUGGAUAUCACAUUUUUAUGAUACAAGAAUAUGUCAAUUUGAAAGACAAAUCUUUUUUUUGUCUUCUAUUUCAAUUCUAAAUUCAAGAAUGAACUGAAAAAUUAAUACAAGAGAAUACUGUUUAAUUACUUUUUCUAUAAAAAUUUAAACAGGGAUCAAGUGUAAGAAAAUAUUAAGACCAUAUCAAUCUAUAAAUUAUUCAUGUGUAAUGAUAGAAUAAAGAUCAGUCUGUAAAGAUUUGUUGGUGUUGCAGAGUUAAAAUAAUUUACUCUAUGAAUAAUUUGGGGCCAGUGGUAAGCCUGAGGCUUGGCACACAACAUAGAUAUUUAUAGGUAUAAUGUGUAAUUCUCAUUGUUCUUUGUAAGGCUGUUGCUUUAAACGUUUGUAGGGUUUGGCAGUGAAGGUGUUAAUGGAAGCAAUAAGGAAACUGAACAGCUAGAGAUAUUGAACUCUUAUCUCUGAAUGGUCUAGAAGAGAAAAAUGGAUACUACACAACACAUAUUGUUAAGCAUGUCCCCAUCAUUGGGCUCAAUUACACGCUUGUCAUUAAAAAGCAUCUGCUGCAAUUGUAAAUACAAACAGACAGUAGAAAUUGGCAGCUAAAAAACAUACUACCAUAUUUCCAUGGUCAGCACUUGUAUUGUCAUCACGUUUCCUUUGAUACAGACCAUCACCUAACAAUCACUAUAUAGUGAACUGAAUGUACAUCAAGAAAGGGCACAUUUUUCAAUUAACUUCCAUAAGAACCUCACCAGCAAACUGUAGCACAAGCAUGUCUAACUCAAAGGCUAACACGGGUCAAAUAAACAAGGUUUAGGUUUAUGUGGGCCGCAAAAAAAACACAAUUUUUCAUAGCAUUUCGAAAAGUACGGUAUAAAACAAAGUCGUCUAACUGACGCUGGAUGUCCUCAUGCUCAUAGGGCUUCAAAGUAAACAAAAGAGCAAAUUUAUUUUAAGGAGAUGUACAUUUGCAUAUAAACUAUUUUGACAUAUUAAGAAAAGUUUGGUAAUGUGACUGAAAUGGGGAAUGUAUGGUGUUGCACAGCUGUAAAAAAAACAAAUUUCAUUAUCUUGUUGAUUUUUAAGUUGAUUUUUUUAUGAGUGUGUUCUUCACUUUAUCUGAGAUCAUCAAACUUUAUGAUCUCAGCCAAUCCAAUGCUUUUCCAUACACUGCCCCCCCCUCCCUCCACUCUUAUACACUGCCCCAUUCCCCAACUCUAAUACACUGCCCCCCUAAACUAAUACACAGCCUCCCGUGACUCCACCCCCACUAAGACACUGCCCUCCUCCCUCCACUCUAACUGAAUACACUACCCCCCCCACCACUCUAACUGAAUACACUGCCCCCCUCCCACCACUCUAAUCUACCACACUGCCCUCCAUAAUUUAUCACACCCAGGGAAGGCAGGCCACAAAGAUAGUCAUUGUGGACCACAUGCAUGGACCGCAAGUUUGACAUGCUUGCUGUAGCAGGUUCACUGAGUUCCCUUAAUGUUUGCACACACACACCAAAUUUCACAAUUAUUUAUCUGACAUGACAUAUAUUGUACAGCAUUAGUGCUUAAAGAGUUUUUUUACUUCCAUCUUUAUCUUGUUGAAGAUAUUGACUUCUCCAGCAGGAGAAGACCAAAUGUGGGUGGUGUGGGUGACUUUGGUUGUCAAACAAUUUGAAAAAUUACUCUGGGGUAGUGUCAGGGCACUGAAUGUUCAUUUAAGCAUAAUCAGUUUAUCUGUACUGAUAUAUACAUCAAGUAGAAAGGGUUGACACAGGGUAUUUGUCCUCAAGACCACUAGCACACAGAGGUUGUUGGCCUCACAGCACAAAUCAAAUGCUCUCAAGGUCUGCACUGACCACUAGUACAAUUAGAUUUUAAAGUCUCUUAGAACCAAUAGCUAAAUGCCAAAAAAACUUUAUGGUGAGACCAAACAUGAUAAAACUCCCCACAGUGCAAAAAAAAAAAAAAAUACUGUUAUGCAUCACCUGCAUAUCCAACUUGAGAUAUCCAGGUCAUGCAUAGCAGUAAUUACUCUAUUUGCACUAUGUAUAGUUUUACUAUGAGGGCAGUGAGGAGCCCAUGUAUCUGUAUGCAUCUGCAUCCUACCCUGUGCAGAGUGCCAUAGCUCCUCAAGAACUUGCAGCUCCUCCAUCUUGGUAAACCAAAGCGACAUUGGUGGGACUGAGUCCCGUUUCCAAUACAAGGGCAUUGAUUGUUUAGGAUAUGGAUUGUAAGGGAGCGUUUAUAGCGGGAAGAGAGAGAGGUAGUAUGCUGAAUACACACCCAUGUAGAGGAGUCCAGGGUGCUCUGCUACUGCAAAUAUAUAAUCCCAGUCAACCUUGUCAAAAGCAAGAGAAUGCUUCCCGAGGAGUGCUGCACCUGAAAAACCAAUGACAGGGCUUGUAUGGUGUUGUCCCUUACUUCCUGUGUUGGAAGAACCCCACCUGGUCUGGGGAAACCAGCCAGAGCAGAAGUGACCCUAACCUGGUGACCAGAAUUUUCGAAAACAAAAGGCAAUACCUCAUUCAUUGCGCAACAUGCUUUUUUGGUAAAAUUAUGACCUUUGCAGCCUGGGUUUAUAUGGGGAUGGGGUGACCUUCCAUAAUGGAAUUGAAAGGCACUAUAAAGCAUUGGGUAUAAAGUGGGUGCAAAGUGCUUAUAAUAUUUGAGGGGCUCUAAAUCGAGAAGGCGAGUUCUUCCUCCAUCAGAGGUGCCUCCAAGACUUCCAUGGAGUCCGCUAGUACUUUGUGUGCACAUAUUUAGAGAGGUAGGAGCGGCUGCGUGUAGCGUGAGUAUGAAUCAUCACUGGUGAUGAGUGUGAGAGUAGGGCAUAUAAGCUUGAAUAGUAUUGUUUAUCUGCUGUGGCGACCCAAAGGUGACACAUUUGUGCUAUGUAAGUUGUGGAGCACUUUUUAUUCAUCUUUCUUGCUAGUAGUUUACUGCUUUUAUCGCUUUCUGCAUAGAAGAAUGAGUCGGUGCACUGAAGUUCCCUGGCAUAGAAGAGAGUUGUCUUGUGGUUGUUUGUUUGUGCACCUGAGCUAACUCCCCUAUCUUUUCGGCCAGAUCACUUAUGGAACUCUUCCUGUUUUUUCUUAAAGGCUGUUCUUUGAGAAAUAAGGGCUCCCCUUAUAAUGCUUUUGUGGGCUUCCCACAUGGGGAGAUGGGAUGUGUUUUGUGGCAGGUUCUCAGUGUAGUAGUGUGUGAGUGUUGACUUUCCUGUGAAGUAUAGAAAAGUGCCCUGUGGAGCCACCACAUAGUGGCUCUAGGUCUAUGUAACGGGGAAGCUAGCUGUAGGGUGAAAGGUGCGUGGUCCGAUCAAGUAACCACUCCAAUUGAAAGUUUUUGUAAUAUGGGCAGAUAAUUGUACUGCAACCGUGACUUUAUUUUGUGUGCUCAGUUAUUUUGUAAAAUGUUGAACAGGAUGAAAGCUAUUGUGUUAAUUAUUAUAUAAUGUAACAGGUAUUGUGCAAUGCGUCUUGGUAUCCAGCAUGCAAAUAAAUUAUAAUUUCUUGACCUAAUUAUGCCCAUGACACCAGAGAGUGGUUGGCAUUGUUCUAGCUAAAGACCCCUGAUGUGUGUAGGGGUGUAAAUAUACAUGUUUCCCUGCAAUAAACAGUUCUCUUGUUUUACCCAGUAAGACUGGUCUUGUCCACUAUAUUGGGGAAUUUCAGGUUUCCGAGUGCUGUAAUCACUAUUCCUGUAGCUUUAAUCACUGUAUGCUGUAGCUGAAUCCUGGGCCAAUUGAUGAAAGAAGAAGUGGCGACAAUAGGACACUAAGAGGCUUUGCUACCUGUGAUAGGCAGAAAAAAAUAAUCAAUGUGUGUGUAGCAAGAAUUUAAGGGUGGAGUAAAAUGUGAACUCCUUGUCCACUGGGUGAAUGUACGACACACAUACAUACAGACAUACAUACAGACACACACACACACACAUUCACAUACAUUAUAUACACAUUCACAUACAUAUAUUGUCGCGUGUAAUAUGUAAGGCUAUGUCUUGCCAGGACAGAUGAUUGAGAUAUAUAUAUAUAUAUAUAUAUAUAUAUAUAUCUUUUUCUAAUAUAAAAUAUUGGUCCUUUCAGGGUAAAACGUUUAAUUAUACAGUAAGCAUACGCACAUGCAGACACAGGCAAUUUCACUGACAUUUCAGUGACAUACACAAGCUCAUUGAUACACAGCCUCAUAGACAAACAAUCUUACUGAUAUACAUCAGCUCAUUGACAUAAAAACACAAGCUCACUCACUAGCAGGCACACGCAUGCAAGCAAACUCACUCACUAGCAGACGCACACACACAGCUUAAUGUGGUGGUACUGGUGUCUAUAGCAUGUCCCUACAGGCUUUUCAGACAAAAGGCAGUGUUUACAUUGCUUCAAAGUGACACUGCUAGUGACAGUCACUCAGACGGUCACUAGAGGUGCUUCCUGUGUUAGUGCCCUCCCGCCCUCGCGCGCUGCUGAAUGAGACUGGCGCCGGAAUAUGGCGUCAUAUUCCGGCGCCGGUCUCAUUCAGCUGCGUGCUGGGGAGCAGAGCCAGCGCAGCUCGCGCAGCUCCCUCAGCGGCCGCCAGGACAAGUCCGCCAGCGGCCGCCAAAAGACCUCCCCAGCGGCCAGGGGAGGGCUGGCAGCCUUAGGCCUGGGGGGCAAAACCAGUCAAGUAGACUGGUGCACCUGCCCAGGAUCAGAGCCGGUGCAAGGAUUUUUGCCGCCCUAGACAAAAUAAAAAUUUGCUGCCCCCACAUGUCACAUCACAAUGCCCCACCCAUAUGAUCUGCCAUAUGAACUAACGCCAGUGCUGCACACAGUGUGUGUUUACAUUAAAAAGCCUGCAGGGACCAGCUAUAGACACCAGAACCACUUCAUUAAGCUAUAGUGUCCCUUUAAUGUGAGGUAAAUUAUAGAUUAGUGUCACUAAUAAUAUACUAGAUUGCCUACUUACAAGCAGAUGAGGUGAUGAUGGGCUGCAGUUUGGCUCCACUGGUCUGGUGUAGAACAGGAUCUCUGGAGGCUGUUUGCAGCUGUGGUCACAAAAUUCAAUGUUCUGGGAGAAUUGGAAGCAGCUCCAUUUUUUGGGGCCCCUUACACAGCUCAAGGUCUGGGCCCCAGGGCCUGACGGUGAGUAUGCCCAUAAGGCCCACUCAUAAGUUCCACCCACCCAUGAGUUCGCUCACAGGGAGUGGAGUGUGUAGGGGAUGUGUUAUGUGUUAUUGUAGAGGAUCUAAUAUGUGUGCUUAUGGUAUGUAGUGUAUAGGGUUACCAGUUUGUGCAGGUGAUGCAGUGUGUUUGUGUGUAGUGGAAGCAGUGUGUAUUUGUGUAUAAGGGAUGUAUUAUGUGUUUCUGGUUGUGUGUAAGGGAUGCUUUGUGUGAAUCUGUGUUUGUAUGCAUAAGGGAUGCAAGGUGUGUGUCUGUAUGUGUGUGCAUGAGAUGCAUUGUGUUUCUGUGUGUAUGUAAGAAAAGAAGUGUGUGUUUGCAUGCGUGUGUACGGGUUUGCAUUGUCUGUUUCUGUGUAUGUGUGCAAAGGAUGCAUUGUCUUUGUGUGUAAGGGUUGCAUUGUGUGUGUGUGUGUAAUUGAUGCAUUGUGUGUUUCUCUGUGUGUAAGGGAAGCAUGUUGUUUCUGUGUGUGUAUAGGGAUGCAUUGUGUGUGUAUAGCGUGGUGAAAAGGCUCCCUGUCUUGGCCCCUGUCCUGCUCAGGCUGCCCUUCUUAUUCCCCUCCCUCCCUCUUGUGAACCCUCCCCCCUCUUAUCACUAAAUACAAUUCCACUCCCUCCUCAUCUUUUAUUCCCCUCCCUUCCCUCAUCUUAUUCCCCCUCCCUCUUCUUAUUCCCUCCCCUCCCUCUUCUUAUUCCCCAGCUCCCCUCUUCUUGUUCCCCAACUCCCUCAUCUUAUUCCCCCUCCCCUCUUUUUGUUCCCCCCUCAAUCUUGUUCCCCCUCCCUCUUUUUAUCCCCCCCUCUUUUUAUUCCCCCCCCUCCCCUCUUUUUAUUCCCCCCCCUCAUCUUGUUCCCUCCUCCCUCUUCUUAUUCCCCCCCCUCAUCUUUAUUCCCUCCACUCCCCUCUUCUUAUUUCCCCCCCUCAUCUUAUUCCCCUCCCUCCCUCUUCUUGUUCCCCCCCCUCUUUUUAUUCCCCCCUCCUCCCUCUCUUCUGCCCCCCCUCUUCUUCCCCCCCUAUUCUUACCCCCCUCCCUGCUUAGGCGUGGCCGGGCUGCACUCCGGUCAGCGGUGGCCGACCCGGAGUGAUGGAAGAUUUUGAGUGUACACUUCCUGUAAUCAGUCCGGCGGUGACAAGAAAACAAACUCCCGCAGCGGACGGAACACCGUUUCCUGUCACCGGCAGACUGACAGGUACCUCAGUCUGCUCUCCUCCCGACGGCACCGGCUUCCGGACGGUGCAGCUAAAAUCUGAGGGAAGAGAGGAGGGCUGCAGCCGCCUGAGGCUCUUAACAGAGCGCUCAGGCGGCUGCAGUAUUUAAAGGGCCGGCCCCAGGUGCCGACGGCCCACCGGGAAAUUUCCCGGUAUCCCGGUGGGCCAGUCCGGCCCUGCAUGCGUACAUACAUAGUGACAUACUGUCAUGAUUCCCCCUACCAUUCUAUGUCUGAUUGGUGUUUACCUGUAUGACUUCCUGGUUCUCGCCGAUCCAACUCCGCCCAUGCGUCUGAUGUUGCGCGCUUCCAUGGUAAAAGGAAGCCGUGGCCACUACCAGAUCGCUAAAUCAGUUUGUUGCCUAAUUGUUGCCACUUGCCAAUGAAGCUCCUUCUCUUGUAACUUUGUGUACCGAACCUCUGAUACCUGAUUUUGCCUUCGCUGACUUCUAAUAUCCCAGACUCGGAACGGACUUCACUACGAUAACCUUUAUCCUCAAAUUACUCUAGUGAACCUCAAUCCUCACUACUCUGGAAAGGACUUCAAUUUACAACCUCUACAACAAGCAAGCUAAGUUCUCCAGUUUACUGGGAUUAUUAAUUGGUGCACACCUUCAGUUAAUUGGAUGGAUAAAAGGGAACUCUUAUGUCUGCCCUCUGGGAUCCUAUAUUACUUCUAAUAUAAAUUGCUCUAUUCAAAGUAAACCAUCUCAACUGAUUAAUCUCUAUUAAGUUUAUUUCAUAUAUUGUUUCUGAGUUUAAAGAACUGUAUAAUACUUCCAAAUCAGGAUCUACUUAAUUUCAUCAUUGCUACGGAUUUCUAAAGAACUGUGAUAUAUUCUCCUAAGCAAGAAUUGCCUUAUUUUCUUUAUUAUUGUGGCGGAACCAGCCUCACCACUGGGCUUUGGAGAAGACUGAUUGCCAGCCUCCUGCCAUGUGACUAUGGCCCCUGGGAUGUAUUGCCUGCUCUCCUGUACUGCUGAGGAUUGCUACCAACUAGGUGGAUUUGGCUAUGGAGCUUGUGUAGUGCCCUCUGUUGUCAGCAACAGAGGUAGCAAGACUGGUAAUUUGCAUAUUCGGGUAGAUUUGCAUAUUGCUAAUUCUGCAUCCAGGAGAGACAUUUUGUGUUAAUUAUGGUCUUCCCCACCCAUUUAUAAAUAUGUAAUUAUGUUAUAAUAAGUCACUGUAUGUUGCCUGCUAUGAUUUGACUGUUUGUAAUUUUAUUGAGUUUUCACAGCAAAGUUAAUGUAAUGACCAUAUGGGCUAGUCCCAAGUAAAAUAAAGUUUUAGACAGUUCUUCUUCACUCGCAAUCUAGAGUCCUGUCUCUCUCUUAUUGGGGGUAUUGCUAUAUCACUACAAGGGAUUGCUAUGCUCUGCAUGCUCCCUUGGAUAACGACUCCUAGGCAAUGUUGCAAUCCUAAUCAAGGAAUACCAUUAUUUUAUGGAAUAUUACUUUCAAUUCAUAUUGCUACUGAAGAUUGUCAAAUUGAAAAUACCUAAAUUCAAUAAAUCAAACAUUCUUAAAGUGACAGUAUUAAACUUAUUCUUACAUCUGCAGUUGAGUUCCAAAUGAAGUUUUUCUAAGUACUACACAUACAUACAGACACACAAACAUGCAGCAAAAUUUUCAGCCACCCUCCUGUUUCUUAACUUUUUGGUGCAGGAGGGUGGCUGGGGCUGAUGGGAGUCGGUUGGCUCCCACAUGGAGUAAGCUGACCGGCCGUCACUUCCUCCCAGCACUACUUGUGGCUGCUAUUUUUAAAGGGUAUGGUCCACCUGAUGGGCCCUAUCAGCGUGCGGGCCCGGUGCAACUGCAUCGGCGGUAGUCCCGCUGCUGAUGGCGGCCCUGGGUGGUGUCCAUGAGUGUUCUAAGUCAAGCUGGUGUGACACCUACUUGGGUUCCCCGAGGAUCUUAAAAUGCUCAUGCAUCUCAACCCAUCCCACACUCCCCCUUCCGAACAGAAAAGAAACCGUCAACCCACUAAGCCCAGGUUAGAUCUUAUCACGGUGAACAAACGUUUUGAAAAGAAGUGGUAGUGCCACUAGUGGUAGCUAUGAGAUUGACCAUCAGACUUGGGUAAUGGUAACUUGCAAGUUACCAUUAGCCAUGAGAGAAACUUUUAGUCCCUGCUCUCAAAGCAUCCAGGGGGAACUUAGCUAUAAAUUAGUUUUUUAUCAACAGAGUACCACUCACCCAUCUUGACAGCUGAUAGAUCCAUGAAGUAUACUAGUUUAUGCAGGAUACCACUUAAGUUGUUUUCUAUGUAUUCUCCGAAUGAUGUGGCCUUAGAGCAUCCCCAUCACAUAUAAAAACCUUGCAUCUGCCCUCACAGUUCCUCUGGAAAAUAUCUGUGCCAAGCACUCUAUGUAAAUCGGUCUUACCAGGGUAAUUUACCACUCCAUAAUCAUCUUGUAGCUCUGCUCCUACACAGUUACACACAUUAAGGCUUUUGCAUCCAACACCCACAUUUCUUUUCAUUUGUCUAGAUCCAUGGUUUCCCUAACAUCUUUCCCACAGGUAGACACAUGCAAGAAAGAUACGUUCCAUGACACCAAGGAGCAUAAAUGUUGAUAUAAUAUGGAGAUAAACCUAUUUUCAUACCCUCCUCAUAAACAAAGAGAGUUGUACUAAGAUAGAGACCUAAAGGCCAGUGUUGCAACGUCAGUCCAACAGCAAACCUCUGUACCAGGAGAUAUCUAAAAUUGUCUAUGGGGGAUCAAAGGUAUAUGCACCUCAAGAGAGCAGAAGGAGACUACUUGCCCUUUAAGAUCCUGGUAUCUCUGAAUGUAGCUUCCUCAAUCCCACGAAACACGGGUCUACCAGGACAGGAGGAAAGUGCCUAUUAUACAGCACUUUAGACAUGAGAGAGAGGAGGGAGGUAAGAAGAGUGGCUAUUAAAUCCCAAACUCAGAUAGUAUAAAGAAGUCUCAGUGCUUUAUACAGCCAUAUUACAAUGAAUGAAGUUUAACCAACACUAUGGGCAGAAUGUUUUAUUAGGUUUACUUGUUAAUACCAGUUAGUAUUUUCUAACACAUCUCCUCCCGCUUAUCUAGGUAUUCAGGAAAGCAUGUGAUUCCUGGAUUGAAGGUUUGAAAUAUACCAUAUAGUUCAAUUAUAUCUGGGACUCUCUGACACCAGACAAAUGCAAAACACGGCCAUGUCCAAUCCUGUAGAAGACGAUCCUUUUGAUUUCCUUUUUAAAAUCAUUUUGAUUGGGGACUCAAAUGUAGGUAAAACAUGUGUUGUGCAACGCUUUCAAUCAGGUGUCUUCUCGGACAAACAUCAAAACACCAUUGGAGUGGAUUUCAGUGUACGAUCCCUGAAUAUUGAUGGAAAAAAAGUCAAGGUAAUGUAUUUCCAUAUUGUGGUUUCCUGUUAUGUUAUGUUAUAUGGAAUGUCAUGGGUGUUAGGUUCAUUCUUCUAUCUAUGUGUGGGAAUAAAGGUCAUCAGCAUGUUAAAAAUAAUGCACGUUGGAAAAUUAUCUUUCUUCUUGAAGGCUAUAGGUAAAUCUUCUAUUGUUUGACCAUGCUAAUUAUUUACAAAGUUACACCGACUACUCUUUAAAAUGUGGCUGUAAGUUAUAUUUCUUCUAAGACUGAACAACAAACAGCAAUAGAGUUUGUACAAAUUAAAACAUUGUCACUUCUGAGUUUUUCAUGAAGAUAAAAUCUUUAUUAAAAAUAAAUACUGAGAUGGAAUUUCAUUGAAAUUCCAACACAAUAAUAAGAUAAAAUGUGACAGUGAGCAGAGACUCAAGCAGCUUCUAUCUCCUUAUUUUACCAUUUCCUAUUAGCAUUCUUGAGUGCAGGCUGAACAAGUAUCAUGUCGUGGGAUGCACAGUAGAUGCCACUUCAUUGUGGAUGCACAAGAACAUCUAUGAAAUGAACUGUGACUUCCUUUAGGUAUACAACAGUAUACCUCCGCCAAUUGAUGCUCCUAGUGCUCACCAAGUACUCCAAGCACUUUACCAGACACCAUCAGCACUGCAGUCCCCACUUCCAGCGUACAGCUUGAUUUGGGUCUCGCUGUCCUCCACCCACCCUGGGCUCAAGAUCAGAAUCCAGCUUCCAGUGGGUAGACUCUCCUACAAAAGAGUGUAGCAAUGUGCUCUUAAAAGAGCAAGUGAUUAUAACCCAGGGGAGUAUCAUGAUAUAGCAAUCCCCAGAGCAGAUACAGCUGUUUUCCUCACACUAGAUGAGACUCUAUGUGGAGGGUAGGCAUGAACUCAGUUAAUGGUAGCCACAACUGGCCUUAUAUGCAAGGUGUACUCUGCCUGGGAGAUAAUUGAGUCAAGUACUGUAUUAACUUAAUUAUCUCCAGACACAAAAACACACAUAUUUGUAAAACCCCCAAAAUACCUUAAAACAGCCAAAACCCCCUCAAAAGUUACAUCCCCUGAUAGCCCUGAUCUGGGUGGCCAACAUAUCCAAAAAUCUUACCCUGGAGCUUGUUCCCCUCAGCCAGACAAAUUAUUUCACUGAACAGUGCCCUUUUAAAUUGUAUAGAACCGAAAGCAGGCGAUGAUGGAAGUCCAGCGGUGUUCGGGAGUUUCUGUGUCCGAUUUUAGUUCCAUGAGAUUCAUGUCCAAACACCGCUGCCUGCGUUCAUGCGAACAAGAUGGCUGCCACCUCGUCGUUGUCCAUAGGAAUUGCGGCCACCCAGACAAACAAUUAGAACACUGCGGUGAGAACUGUUCCAAGGUGUUAAUAGGUGUUAACAAGCUCUCGGGUGGUCCCUGGUUCGUGCGUCUGUUCGGUUCCCGAACAGGAUAGCAAAAGGGUACGAACAAGGUCUUUUAUGAGCUUUUUUGCAUGGCCCAUAGUCCUGAGGCAGGAGGCUGGCAAACAGGCCACUCCAAGAACCAGUGGCAAGUUUACUUUGCCAUACUCUGUCUGAUAAUUAGGAAAACCAGAAUUAUCAGAUGAGCUCUAUCAUAGUAGCUAGUAGGACCCUAAUGACGCAAUUUGACAUAACUGACUGAAGGACUUCUUGGUUUAGAAGGCUAUCUUUGAAAUUCACACCAGAUUGACCAUAAACCCAUACCAAGAAUUCUGAUAUCUUCCACUUGCUUUCUAUAGGUCCAAGUGUGGGACACAGCUGGUCAAGAGAGAUUCCGUACAAUCACUCAGAGCUACUAUCGUAGUGCUCAUGGAGCCAUAAUCGCCUAUGACAUAACUCGUCGGCAGACAUUUGAAUCUGUACCACACUGGAUCCAUGAAGUGGAAAAAUAUGGAGCAGCUAACUUAAUGGUGAUGUUGAUUGGUAGGUUUAAAUUGGCCCUUUGUACCAAGAAAAUUUGAAAUAUAUGUAACAAUCUUACUAUAUCUUUUCGGUAAACUGAAUUUACCAGUUUGCAUAACAAAUGAUUACUUAUAAGAUUCUAUUAAACACAUGUAUUCCUAAUGCUAUAGCCCUUGUCCAGUUGUACGGUGUAUGAAACAUGUAAACUUAUUGCUCUUCUGGAUUGCAAGUCUCUGUAUGUUGCUUUAUGCCAUCUAUUUAUGUUUUUAUACCCACACAUGGGAUUUAAAUGGAAAAUUAUUAGUAUUAUUAUCUUGACCAAUGUCACAGUUAAUCUUUUUAAGCUGGCAAUUUUUGUGUUAAAUCUGUUUUUACUGAGAUCAAUUUAGGGAACAGUUUUCCUAUGCAGGGGAAGUCAAGUAAUGCAUAUUUAGCGAACAGUAUAAGAAGCAGUAUUGAUAUAGCAAUGGCACAUUGACAUUUGCCUGUGCAGAGGCAUGUUAUGUUAGCAUAAAGCCAUCCUGCAAUGCGUGUAAAGUUUCCAAAUGUUGACAAUUUGGAGUUUACGGGGCCGAACAGUCCCCAUGGGUGUCCGCCUCGGCUGAAACCACCACUGUCAGCGCGAGAUUACAUUACUGUCCUCAUUCAGCACUCUGCGGAGUAGGCUCACACGUGGAGGUAGGCCACAGGCAUCGGUUUCAUGCACGAAUAGGAAAACGACCAUAUCCUGGUUCUGCUUCAACCAUGUAAUCUUGCCAGUGGGUCUAGAAAUGGUUGCUUCAUGUUAUUUAUGUUCUGUUUGGAGCCUGGAGCCGGAGCUGUAUGUGAUAGCGUCUGGUCAGCUCGACGGCCGGCCCCCUAAACUGGCAUUUUUUGGAGUGCAAGGACCGGUGCGGUUCUUGCACUCCAAAAAUUGCCAGUUGAAAAAGAUUUAUAAUGAACAAGGGACAGGGCUGGACCACAGUUAAAGGUAUGAAAAAAAGGGCUGCAAGAGCACUACAUUAUCCAUAUUGAUGUUUUCUUUUUGUGAGAAGAAAUCAGAGAACAUAUAUAUUUACAUAUAUUAUAAUGAGGUUAUUUUUCUUUUUUUUUCUUUCUAUUUGUAUAUGAAGAUUUGUUUUGGUUUCCCCUCCUCUUACUUUUUCUAUUUUAUCCGGAACUAUGUUCUUAUACAUUGCAAUAGAUUUGGAUAGAUUCAAUUUAUAAUUUGAUACCUUACUAUAUUGUUCAAUUUCUGCUAUCACAUGUGGCAAAGAAUUUUCUGGGUCAGCAAUAUAUAGGAGGGUAUCAUCUGUAUAUAAUGAGAUCUUCAGAUCUCCUUUAGAAAUAGGAAGACCCUUUAUUAACGUGUUUUGUCUGAUUUUCGAAGCAAAUAUUUCCAACGUAAUGACAUACAAAAUUGGUGACAAAGGACAGCCUUGUCUCGUACCGUUUUCCAAACCAAACCAAUUUGAACAUAUAUUUUGACCUAUAGACCUUGCUGCAGGUUUCUCGUACAAGGUGCCUAUUGCAUCCAGCACCCAUCCCGAGAUAUUAAAGGCCCUCAAAGCCUUAAACAUGAAUCCCCAGUUGACCCUGUCAAACGCUUUCUCUGCAUCUAAUGACAGGAUCAGCAGGGGACUCCCUUUCUUAUCUGAUAAAGCGAUUGAAUCUAUUAACCUUCAUAUAUUGUUUCCUGCAUUUCUCCCAGGAACAAAUCCAACCUGAUCUGGAUUAAUAAUUUCAGGCAAGACUGUUUUUAAUCUCUUUGCAAUAAUUGAAGCAAAAAUCUUGACAUCCACAUUUAUUAAAGAGAUCGGUCUAUAACUUUUUACAUUUGUUGAUAUUUUGCCUGGUUUCAUAAUUGGUCAAAUAUUGGCCGCAACAUCUCUUGUGGAAAUGAGCCUCUUUUUACAGCAUCAUUGAAGGUUCUAGUUAAUGGUUCUGCGAUUAUAUUUUUCAUUACCUUGAAGUACUUAUUACCGAAGCCAUCUGGUCCAGGAGUUUUAAAAUUGGCCAGUUUGUUUAUUACUUCUAUUACUUCUUCUUUAGUGAUGUCCUUAUUUAAUAAUUCUAAUUGGACUGGGGAUAUUUUUGGUAGCUCAAGAUCCUUUAUAUAUUUAUCUAUUAAUUCGUCCAUAGCUCCAUUAGGCAAAUUAUAUAGGGACUUAUAGAAUUGAUUAAAGGUCUCCCUUAUUUCAUCCGGAGCGCUAUAAGUUUUACCUUCAUGUAUAAUUUUAUCUAUACGAUUAUCUGCUAGUUUUUUUUUCAGUUGGUUUGAUAAGAUUUUGUCUGCUUUAUUUUGUCAAUAAUAAUAUUUAAUUUUGAAUUUAGUUAUUUUCUUUUCUAUGUUUUCUGAUAUUUUUUUCUUAAUGAUCUGCUGUUAAUAUUGGUUAAGUAUACAUUCACUAAUGUGUACAGUUCCCCAUUAAUUUCACAAAUCAGUAUUAUGAACCUACCCUCUGUAUCAAUGUCCUGGUGCUUUAUUUCUACUUGUAGCAGUUUCGAAAAACAAAUAGCCACUCCAGCUUUCUUUUCAUCUUUCUUUGAGGAGAUCAAUAAUAAUGGAACAUUUUUGCCAAACCAUCUAGUACUAUCCUCUAAGGUCCAGUGAGUCUCUUGUAUCAGGAUCACUUGAAUUUUUUCUGUUACUAAAUAAUCGUUAAAGACCCAUCUUUUGUGUGGAAGAUUUAGACCUUGGAUGUUAACUGAUGCAAAUUUAACCAUACCCGUUUCUUAGAUCUCUAAUAAACUUGACAAUUCCCCUGACUAUCCUCACGAUUUAUACUUGCCAGCACCGCUGUACCAUUCAUUCUCAUCCUCCAUUUAUACACAUUCAUACUGUCUUCUUUGAAUUGGUCUCUAAUGCUAAGAGACCUCCUCUCAUACACGAUUUGAUGCCUUAUCAAGGCAAUCAUUAAGUUCUACUUAGAACUUAUGGGCGGGGUACAUUGAUCAAUGUGGCGGCUAGGUAAGGAAGCAACUAACAUAUACAAAUUCUAUUUCCGUGCUUAUCCUUUUCAUAUUUUGCUGUGAGAUUCUUACCUGUUUAAUUAUUACUUACUUUCUCCAAUAACCCAUUCCUUACGUUACAAUAUACUAUUCACAAGAUUUUACUUAUUUGCCUUUAUAGAGAGGGAGAAUACAAAAAAAAUUAUGUGAAUAUGUCUUAAGUGCUUGAGUGCUUGAAUUUAUUCCAAUUUAAUAUACUUGACUAAAUUUACACUUAAAUUGGUGAAUUACUUCCCCUUGUUGAUUGAAUAUAUAUUUGGUGUAACCCUAAAGAUCCCCACCCUUAUUUCAUAUUUAACUCUUACAAAUUAUUUAUUUUGUGGAUAUGUCUACUAUGUUUAUGUGGUGUAAUUCAAAUUCCAAUUACCUCUAUAUACUUAAACUAUUCUCAUCUUUUAAUCGUAUUGAGUUUCUUACUUAGGUUCUCAGUGUUUCCUAUUCUUUUUUACUUAUUUCUCUUCUAAUAUAACUUAAUUUACUAUCCCAUUUUACUAUGGAAUUCCUCUUUGUGUAAAUUCAAAUAUCAUAAAUCUUCUUCCUGUUUUUAUAAAAGUGCUAUAGAUUAUUUCUACUUAAUUCAUUCCUAAUAACCCAACCCCCACAAAAAAGCUCCAUCUGUAAAGCGAAAUUCUCAAUUUUCCAGGUCUUUUUCUAUUGCAUCAGCUUUUUCUCUUUUAGCCAAAUUAUGGCUUUAUCUACUGAGUCAAAGACCUCAAGAUGAUAAUCUGUGAAGAUUCUUAUUGUAGUGGGGAAUCCCCAUGUAUAUUUUAUCUUAUGGGUUCUUAAUAUAGCUGUAACAGGUGCAGAUGUUUCCUUUGCAUACUGGUAAAAAAAGACAGAUCUGGGAAUAGAAUUAUGUCCCUAAAUUCUUCUCCUUGUGGCUUCAUGGCUCUACUUGCUUUUAGAGUUUCCUCUUUGAAUUGGAAUGAUUGAAAACAGCAGAUUAUAUCUCUUGCUUUGGUGUCUGGUAUGUUUGUAGGUCUGUACACUCUGUGUUAUUGUUCUAAGCAGUAAUUCAAUUUCUCUAUUUCUAUCCUCCAGGCUUUCCAUAGAUUUAAUAAACAUUCUGGAAUCUUAUCCUGGGUUAUCUUUUCUGGAAUGUUCCUUAACCGCAGAUUAUCGCAUCUCGAAGCGAUCCUCCAAAUCUUUUGUUUCCAAUUCCUUAAUUUUUUUCAAUAAUUGGGUAUUUUGGUCUUUCGUAAAUUUCUCUUGAAAUUCUAAACAAUUGAUUUUUUCUUCAGCCAUGUUUAUUUUCUCAGUUAGGAGUUUAAUUUGAUUUAAGAUCUCCUCUGAAUUCUGAUUAAUUUGUUUAAUUAGUGUUUCCGACUGAGUAUUUAGACAACUCUCUAAAAGUUCUGCGGUAAUUUGAUUACUCUGAUUUUCAAAACUAUUUAGUGUCUGUUCUAGUCUCGAUGUCAUUAAUAAAUCCUUGUUGCGGAACGCUGGUCUCUCACAGACUAUUUCCGCUGGUAGUCCAGGUGUGGCUCAGGAACCAGUAGUAAAUCCCAUAGAGUAGCAGGCACAAUCAAUAAGACAAUCCAAUAAUCCCAUCACCUUUCCCAAUAACUGGAUGACACACAGUAUCAGGAGUAGAACUUAACUAACUUUUAAUCACACAACCCCUGCUUUUAUGCAAUGCUCCCGUGCAAGGGAGCCACCCACAAUAAUUAGUACAUUAACCAAUAAAGUACAAGGUACAACCCACACAUCUCCUCCCAUCAGCUUAUCUGUUACCAGAAUUGAAAUGUACAUAUUUUUCCUUGAGUUCUAGAUGUACCCCAAAUACAUAGGGAACAACCCCUAAAUAUGGUAUCCCCUGAUAGCCCUGAUCUGGAUGAAUAACAUAUUCAAAAAUCACCCAGAUCGGACCAGGGGUUUAGGGGUUUUGGGCAAGUAAAGUUUUGACUGUCCGCACAGGCAACAUUAUCCGAAAAUAGUUCCAUAAGUUUUGGCCUUGCGGUCGGUCUCCGUUCGUGGAAUAAAAUUCCCAAAAGGCUUGCCAUCAAUGGCUAUGCUGGCAUUCGUGUGAAUCCUCAUGUUAGUAGGAGUCUUUCUGCCGAACGGCAGCUUGUUCGGUAGUUCCAGCCCAAAGAUAUGGAAGUCUGGAGGUCUCAGCGGUGUUUGCUUAGUAGAGUGUCCGAUUUUAGUUCCAGACACUCGACGGCAAAACACUGCUGUUCGGGAGAUUAAGAUGGCGCCGCCACGUGUUAAACUCCUGAAAUGGCGGCCACCCAGGGACUUAACAGAGCGUUCAUGAGUUUCCACUUAAGAGGUAAUAAAACGAAUUGGGAGGUUGAUUGAAGCCACACUUUGUAUCAGGGUGGUCUGGUGUUCGGUAGAUUUAGUUCGUAUGAUGAAUGCAGUGGGUCAAUACAGUUUUAUGGGGACAAUCAAACAUAUGCUUCAUACACUGAAGAUAUAUCCGUUGUUAUCCACAGAAUAUAUAAAAUAGCAGAUAGUGCUCUCAGUUGGAACAAUAAGGUAGCAUUAUUGUAUUUUAUACACUCCUAUUAUUUCCUGGCAUCCUUUUAUACAUUUUCUUAUUUUUUAUAUAUAUUUUAUAUAUUUUUUAUAUUUUUUAUUUUCUAUUUUUUCCUUUUAUUCUACCAAUUUAUUACUCCCAAGUGUAUCCCGUCUCAAGAAAUCCUUAGGUGGGGAUAAUUCCACCAGCGCUGUGGCAAUAGAGCAGUAUUUGUCUGCUCUAUUUUUGUAAAUAUAAUUUAUCUUAUUUAAAUACCUUAUUGUUCCAACUGAGAGCACUAUCUGCUGUUUUAUAUAUUCUGUGGAUAACAACGGAUCCCAAGCCAGAGAGACGGACCUAUUCUUCCAAUAUAUCCUCAACUACAAAGAGUCUCCUACAUCUGAGCUGGUCCUAGCUUACAUUUAAGCAACCUGAAGGAAUACCAAGCCGGACGGACGGACCGACCAUCCCAGUAUAUCCUAUAGUGGGGAUUAAACCACUAAGUUCCCUUUCUCCUAGAGCUGGUCCAAGCUCCAACAAAUGUGAGUGCAAUACCUUUCCUUGAUUUAUAUACCACAUCUGGAUCUGCAAUAUUUCACUAUUGGCAGCUUUUUCUCUUGUCUUUUUUCUCCACAUAUAUGUACUAUUUAUCACACGGACGGACCAAUAUUUGAGGACUAAAACCACACUAUAUACCAGUGAGGCUGUUCCUAUUUAUACUACCUAAUAUCCAUAUUUUGGACGAACUUUGUUUAUUUUACUUACUUAUAUUAUAUCUUGGUUCAAAUACUUGCUGUUUUUACAUUUGCUGAUUUUACUUUUAUUUAUUGAUUUUAUGCGCAGCCCUUAACUCCUUUUGCCUUCUCUAAAUCUAACUAGUGCAUUUUUUUCAAUGAUAAGGUAAACUCUUCCAUACAAUACUUAUUGCACUUAUCUGCCAGGGUUGUAUCGUCCUCCACCCUCUCUAUUUAUCUUUGUUAUUUGCCCCUCUGCUUUUAUCCAUCUGCCGUUUGCUAUCUUCAGGUGGCUGCUUCCCCUUUCCGUCCGUAUCAAUACCCCUUCACACCGGGUACACAGCCUCCCGGUAGCGUGCUUAUUCUACUCGGAGUUAUUCUCUUGACUGCUUUGCUGCUUGCACAUUACUUCCCGCCACGCUCAUCCACCAUUGACCUCCAUAGCUCUGCCCCUUCGUACGUGCAUGCGAACGUACCUACGUCAUCCCAUCCCCCGUGUCAUGUCAUGUGUCCUUCAGUUGUUAUUGUAUAUUAUUAUUAUUAUUAUAUGUCUGGCUAGUAGCAUAGGAGUUAUUUUAAGCCCUGUGCUAGUACAUUAUAAAGUGCAGUGAAUUUGAUCCUGUGCCAUAUGAUUGCGAUAGCUAUUAUUAUUUAUACAGUUUUAUACCCUCUUUUGAUUUAUGUAGAAUAUAUGAUGUGUUCCAUACUCUGGGUAAAUCAAAAGCUUGCAAUAGAAAUAAUCCCAAAGAUUGUUUUGCUUUCCACCAUGAAAACUUUAAAUUUUUCCCCAGUAGAGGGAACUUAAAUACAGAAGAGAAAAAAAUGGGAAAUUACUGUAAUUUAAUGCUAUUGUUCAUCCUCAUGUUCACUUUCAUAAUAAAUUGGUAAAAUAUUUUUUAUAAAACAAAUAAUGAAGCAAACGUCACUGCAGAAUUUUCCUAUCAGUGGCUUUACUUUUGUAACCUCACCACGGAAUUGAUCUUCAUUCCUAGGAUUCUAUGCAAUACAUUUUAAUCUUUUUUUUUUUUUUUUUAAUUCUUUUUUUUUUUAAGGGAAUAAGUCGGACAUGUUGGAGCAGAGACAAAUUUUGUUUGAAGAAGCUUGUACUCUUGCAGAGAAGCAUGGACUGCUGGCAGUCUUGGAAACUUCAGCAAAAGAGGCUCGAAAUAUUGAUGAGGUGUUUCUCCUAAUGGCAAAGGAGCUUAUAGCACGCAAUACCCUCCAUUUUCAUAAGGAAAGCCCCCGUAACAGUUUUGUACUAGACUCGAGGCCCAUUGUUGUUUCACAACCAGAGAAGAAUUGCCAAUGUUGA